CUAAGAUUGAGCUUUACUCAACACAUCUCUCUCUUCAAACUUCAAACUUCAAACUUCAAACAUUGUUGCUGAUUUUCUCUUCAUUUUUAUUUCAAACACAAUGGCAGAAAUUUUGAAUGAAGAACAAAUUGUUGAAAUCAAAGAAGCCUUUGGCUUGUUUGACAAAGAUGGAGAUGGGUGCAUUACUGUGGAAGAACUUGCUACGGUAAUAAGAUCAUUGGAUCAGAACCCAACAGAGGAAGAGUUACAAGAUAUGAUAAAUGAGGUUGAUGCUGAUGGGAAUGGAACCAUUGAAUUUGUUGAGUUCUUGAACUUAAUGGCCAAGAAAAUGAAAGAAACUGAUGCUGAGGAAGAUCUAAAAGAGGCUUUCAAGGUUUUUGAUAAAGAUCAAAAUGGAUAUAUUUCAGCUAGUGAGUUAAGACAUGUUAUGAUCAAUUUGGGUGAAAAAUUAACUGAUGAAGAGGUGGAUCAGAUGAUUAAAGAAGCUGAUUUGGACGGUGAUGGUCAAGUUAACUAUGAAGAAUUUGUUAAGAUGAUGAUGACAAUUGGAUGAAAUUAAACUCUCAAUCAACAACUUAUAUCAUUUGUUAUUCAAAUUUAUUUAUUUUCUUCCUAAUCAUCCCAUCCUCUUGCGAGAAAUAAUUAAUGUUCCUAUUAUAUAUUUUUCAUGUAUUUUAAUUUUAAUUUACUUGUAGUUGUAGCCCAUGAUGUUAAUCACCAACACAUGCAUUUAGAGUUAAAUCUCAUCCACACCACUUGAUUUGUUCAACUCCAUUCCAUAAUUAUUUUUUUAUUCAAAUUAAUAUAAUAUGGGUGGUCCAAGUAAUAAAUGGCAUAUAUUUUAAACA